CUUGUAGACUGUAGCUCUGGAGAUCAGCGCUGCGUUGGUGGUUUUGAUUUGCCUCUAUCAGCAUGCGCGCGUCUAAAAGAUCUGUUUAUCAUGACUCCCCCAGUUUUUCCACCGUGCACCGCGUGGCGCACAAAAACCUUUCCCGCCGGAACUGUCCUCGUUAACCCGUUCGAGGCCCGUCUCGCGGCCUCACCCGCAAUUUUCAAGGCGUCGCCGGUGUUAAGCGAGGCCCAGCCCUCGUCUGAGUUUAGCGCGCAAGUCGGACGUCGACAUCACACGACUUCGCCGAUGCCUCGCCGGUCGGCUGUCGUCUCCCGGCAAUCCUAUAGGAUUGCGGUCGCAGAUGCUCCGAGAUGCUGGGACUAAAGAGACGAUGGCAGCAGUGUCGCGGGGGGAUUUGGGGGAAGGCUCUUCGUCUCGCAAAUUCUUGAACAGACGCUGGAAUGGCUGCGACUGAGAACAAGGCUGUUCAAAAAGAGGUGGCGGAGGAGCCUGAGGUUGCUGUUGGGACUGACGAGAUGUACAGCAUCUACACCAACAAAGAGAAGUGGCUUAUUGUUGCCAUGGUGGCUUUGGCGGGCUUUUACAGUCCUUUGCCAGCCAAUAUCUACUUCCCGGCCAUACCAACGAUAGCGAAGGCUUUCCACAAGUCAGUGGACGAUGUCAACCAGACCGUUACUGUAUACCUCGUAUUCCAGGGUAUAUCCCCAAUGCUCUGGGGACCCAUCAGCGACAGAUACGGCCGACGACUCGUCUUCCUCGGGUGUCUCAGUAUCCUCGUCGCCGCGAGCAUCGGCCUAGCUCUUUGCCCAACAGAUCAGUUCUGGCUCCUGCUCUUCCUCCGCUGCUUCCAGUCCGGCGGAAGCGCCAGCACCAUCGCCCUCGGCGCAGGCGUCAUCGGCGACAUCUCCACCAGCCGCGAGCGCGGCGGCUACUUCGGCAUGUUCAAUCUCGGCCCCAUGCUUGCGCCCUGCAUCGCACCCGCCAUGGGCGGCGCCCUCUCGCAAGGACUCGGCUGGCGCUCCAUCUUCUGGAGCAUCGUGAUCAUGGUCGCCGCAUGCCUCGUCCUGAUCGCGCUCUUCCUGCCCGAAACCCUGCGCUCCAUCGCCGGCAACGGCAGCAUCCCCGUGCCCAAGCACUCGCGCGCCCUCCUCCCCAUCGUCGGCCGCCGCGCCCAGCCCUCAGACCCAGCCCCACACUCCCGCGCCCGCCCCACGCACUCCGUAAACCCGUUCGUGCUCUUCACCUACCCGGACGUCCUGGUCCUGCUCUCCUUCACCGGCGCCGUCUACGCCGUAAACUACACCAUCACGGCCACCAUCUCCUCCGCGUUCGCGCGCAUCUACCCGCACCUCUCCCCCACCGCGCUCGGGCUGUGCUACCUGCCCACCGGCGCCGGCAUGAUCAUCGGCAGCACGGUGACGGGCAAGGUGCUGGACGCCGAGUACGCGCGGCUCAAGGCGCGGUCCGGCGACGCGUUUACCAUCGAGUACGCGCGCCUGCGCCUCAUGCCGUACUACCUGCUGCUCUUCGUCGCGUGCGUGAUCGCCUGGGGCUGGGCGCUGCAUGCGCGCGCGCACAUGGCCGUGCCGCUGUGUCUGGCCGUGCUGUUGGGCUGGACCAGCAUGGGCAUUCUGAAUACCACGAUGACGCUGAAUAUCGAUAUCCUGCAGAGUCGCAGCUCGGGCGCGACGGCGUGUACGAAUUUAGUGAGGUGCUCGCUGGCGGCGGUGCUGGUCGCGGUUAUUGAUCGCCUCACGGGGGCGCUGGGUGUGGGCUGGACGUAUACGUUGUUAGGGGGUGCUUGUGCGGGGUUGUUGCCGCUGAUGGUGUGGGAGAUGCGGAUGGGGCCGACGUGGAGGGGGAAGAGGGAGGCGCGGGAGGAGAAGUAG